CCAUGCUAAUUAAUUAUAGUUAUUAAUUUAUUAUUAAUAUAUAUUAAAAAUCAUGGAUCUAUAAGAAGACGCCACCCCCAACUCCCUACCUAAACUCUCUCCUCUACAACACACACACACACACAUAAAUACAGUUGAGCUAUCCUAACUAUCUCUGAACAGUAACAUAAGUACUCCCCCAACUUCUCUCUCUUCCCUCUCUCUCUCUCUCUCUCUCUCUCUCUAUACUUUCUUAUUCUUUGUCUGUAAAUUAAAUUAUGUAAAAAACCAUGGCAAGAAAUCUCAAUUUCUGCUUCACGAAGAUCAAAUCUCUACAAUCCCCAGAACACAAUCUCCAAGAAAAUCACAGCCAUCCAUUCCCCAACCCCUCCCCAUCCCUCCUCAUCAAGAACUUCAACUCCCUCUACGAGAACUUCAACGCCGCCGCAUCGGAAAACCAGUCCCCGCCGCCGGAUUCCGGGGCAACCACCGACUCCGCCGCCAUGCCGGAUUUCACCACCGCCUUCGCUUCCCGGCGCUUCUUCUUCUCCUCCCCCGGCCGCUCCAACUCGAUCAUCGACUCCUCCUCCUCCCUCGCAUCCACGUCAUCCUCCACCUCACUGAACCUCCCUCCGGAAAACGACACCGUUUCGAGCGGCAGCAUCGCCGUCCCCACCUACUCGCCGGACCCAUUCAUGGACUUCCGGCGAUCGAUGCAGGAAAUGGUGGAGGCGCGUGAAAUCGACGACGUGAGAGAGAACUGGGAUUACCUGCAUGAACUCCUAAUGUGCUACCUCUCUCUAAACCCGAAAAGCACGCACAAAUACAUCGUCGGCGCUUUCGCCGAUCUCCUAGUCAGCCUCAUGACGUCACCGCCGGAAAACAGCCGCCGGAAAACACCAAUAUUCCCCGACGGAAAAUGCAAGAUUCCGCCGCAAUAUAUGUAAAAAGAAAAAAAGUACACACCGGUAACUCAAAUCAUUUUCAACAAAAAUUUUUUUACAUAUAAAUAAAUGUAAUAAAUUUAUUUAAUAAAUAUAUAAAUAAAUAUAUAUUAUGUGGGGAUGAUAUGAAAUGAAUUGGUGAUAUAAAAGCAGUUGGUCCCCCGCCUGCUGUAUUGAAUGAUAUUAAUAUAUAUAUUAUUCAGUUCAUCUUAUCCUAUUACAGCAUUCAAUUUAUUUUUGUUUUUUCCAUUUUCAUACUCUUUCAUCUGCCAUUGUUAAAAGCCUGGUUUUGUAUUCUGAACCCCUAUACCACCAAAAAGCUGUGCCUAUAUCAUUCAAUAAUUUAUUUAUUUAUUUAUUUUA